UCAAAUUUACGUUAAAUUAUCGUGUGCUCUCAAAUUUUUCCGUAUCUUUUCAGGGUCUCCAAAAUCAUGAGUAGAAAGUUCCGUAACGAGCAACUUAAGCUGCGUAAUCUCAAUGCCGAGGUACAAGAAGAGUUGGAUAGAGUGAAACUACAGAGAGAAAAAAUUUUCGCUCCUAUCAUUUGGAAAGAUAUGCCGGAACUCAAUCUUCAAAUCCAAGAUUUGAAGCUACCGAUGUUCGAGGAAGCCAUGAAACUGAUUGAGAAACAUUAUCUGGAUGAGGAUCUUCUUUGCCGCAACGUCAACAUGAGCAAGGACCCUGAGUCGGUGAAGUCUUUUCUUGAGAUUGUUCAUUUCAAUUUGAAGUACAAGCAGUCCAUUGCUCUUGUAGAUCUUGGGAAAAAACAAAUUGUUGGUGUUUUAAUACUGAGAACGGUCCAGAAAAACGACUGUGGUCGAGUCUUUGGUAGAGUGCAAAUCAUCAAUGGAGUAGCCUAUAAAGAAAUCACCAGAUUUCUCGGUCAGAUAACAAGAAAAUUUGACAUAUAUGAACAUUUCAAUAUUGAUACGUACCUAGAAUACUUGUUGCUGUGUGUCAAAAGGCAUUAUCGACAUAAAGGUCUUGGUUGUCAACUGAUGGAUUGUGGGUUGAGUGUAGCUAGAGCUCAAAACUGCCCGAUCGUUUCAGGCAUUUUUGUGACACACAAAGUUCAGAAACGCGCAGAGAAGCUUGGCAUGAAAAUCCUUUACAAGCUGAGUUAUCUUGACUGGAAGGACGAAGAUGGAGAAAUGAUAUUUCCUGAACCAGGAGCCGGUAACUACUAUUGUGCUCUGAUGGGAGGGGAGGUUCCACCUCCUCCUCCACCACCACCACCUCCGCCAGAGGAGGAAGUUGAGGUUGUGGAGGAAAAAAAACUAACCCGCGUACAGAAGCUUGCUCUAAUGGAAAAGUCAAAAUCACAUAAGCAAACAAGUUUAUUGAGUGCUUCAUGAGUGUGAGGAACUUACAGGACACCUUUGUGAAAAUUUUCAUUAUCAUAACGAAAAACUGUAGUAGUCAAUAAAACUGUACUAGGA